AGAAUUCUCAUUCUUUCUCUCCCACUGCACAGCAGUGCAUUCACGGCGUCGCUUGCCUACGCGGAAGCACUGCGCUUCUCCCACUUACUUCUUCCAUUUAUACGCAAGCCAUCACACGCAGAGAACGGCAGCAAAGCAACAUAAAAGACCCCGACCUCUUUCUGCCCUCCGUGACAGCGAUGGACGACAUCCCUGAAAAUGACUUGCAGGAGUUCAAGGAGAUCUUCGACCUGGUCGACACCGACCACACCGGCGUCAUCUCCGUGCAGGAGCUGCGCAAGCUUAUGGCCUCGCUGCACCUCCGCCCGACGGAGCAAGAGCUCGCGGAGUUGUUUGAGGAAGCGCACGCCGUUGUCGCGCCUGGCACCGCCGCCGCUGCCGCAACUCCGUCCGUGAGCCGCAACCCAAGCGUCGUCAGCACGUCCACCAACAGCGGCGAUAACAAGAACUCGACGAACAGCAAUAACAGCAGUGCCGGCCGCACGAUCAACUUCACACAGUUCGCGAGUAUGAUGGCCCGCCGUGUGCAGUCCGAGUACAGCGCGGAACAGCUGCGGAAUGCGUUUCAGCUCUUUGAAUCGCCGGAUAUGCCGGAGGGCUUUGUCUCGACGCGGGUGCUGGCGCACGCUCUGCGGACCUACGGCUCGCAGAAGCCGAGUGAGGCGGAGGUGGAGCGCCUCAUCGCGGCGGUCGAUCCGGAGCGGCGGGGACGGAUAAACUACUACGACUUCGUUGACUUGGUCACGAACUAG